GCCCUAGUGUCUGGAGCUUGAAAUGCUGCCGGCUGAGCUGGUUCUGCUGGUUCCAAGUGCCCCUCGCCCAGCCCAUCCAUCUCGUCCAACGGGCUGUUGACCCGAGCGGUUUUUGCUGCAGGUGUAGCCGGUGACGUGGGAGAGGACGGCGAAGCCAUGCUGUGUUUCUCUGCCGUGAACAGAUGCUUGACAGGGGUACCUGAAGAAGGCGUGGAGGAGUCGAAGUGCAAAGUAUGAUCAGUAUGGGAGGGCAGAAGACAUGUAAUCAGUAAUUGUGAGAAGUGUCCCUGGUUACAGCAGGAAGUUCUGUUUAGAAUCGUGGCGCACCCCUGGGAAAAUGCGCACCCUUGAGCCGAAAUGGCUACGGGAGGGGGAUAAACUACCCCCCAGAGGAAGGCAAUGUCUCUGUUGUUAUUCCUUGUCCCGUUGUCUUUGCCUCGUCCUUCUACUAUUCGGCUUCAUCGUUAUCCCCGUCUAGUUGACUGUUCAUCCUGAUCUGGCUUAUCAACCUCGCUUCGACUUUUUAUCCUCAACCUCUUCCUCUCCGCCACAGGCAAGGCUACCGCUGUUGGCGACAAUGGUUGCCAAUGCUGGCGUGGUCGUCGCCCGCUGCGAGGAGGACGUGAGGGCGCUGCAGCAGAGGGCGAAGGGCAUGACAGUGGACGACGCAGAGCGGCAAGCUGCCAGCACCCUCCAGCGCAUACGAGGUGCCAAGUCCUCUUGGAGCACCGCGCGCGCAGCGAUCGACGGCUUGAGUGACGUCGAGAAGCGCUAUAGGUCGGGCAUCCGGGCCUUCCUCGCGGUCAAGGCGAAGAGGAUCGAGAUCGACAUGGGUCGUCUUGGUCAGCGGCUUGAGCGGGUUACCAACCUGACAAGACGCUUCCCUGAGAGAAUACGGAUGUCCCAGGUGCGGAAGGAGCGCCGGAGGAGGAGGGCCGACGAGGCCGCGCGGGCUGCCGAGGAGGCGGAGAGGGACGUCGAUCUUCAAAUCGAGGAGCACAUUCGGCAGCUCGAGCUCGUCGCGAUGGCGGCGGCGGACGCGCGACCCCUGGCGGCAGAUUGCGGAAACACCGAAGACAUGAUGCAGGCGCUCCUCGCAGAGACCGCCACCAGUGCGUAGGGGCAGCGCUGAGCGGCCGCGCGCCAACGUGCGGGCCGUGGUGGAUGUCGGCUGGGCGUCUUGUAUGAGCAGGGGCGCGCGAGAAAGCAGCCCGCCAACGCUUCUGUCGCGGCGCGGGGCGGGCGCGGGAGA